CGCCAGUGGAAGUUCAGUUACCACGUGAAUGCUUUCUAGAUUGGUCCUUUCAUCAUUUACGACAACAGAAUUACGUUUCAAUUCGCGAUCGUAUCGUAUAAUGUGAGAUAAAAAAAAUUUUCGAUUUCGUGUUGUUUAUACAUAUUUAAUUUUCAUUACGAGUUAUCCAUAGUUGUAAUGAAAAAUCUGAAAUUUAUUAAUUGACUGUAUCGGAAUCGGUGGUUUUCUUAUAAGUGAUUAAUUAUCGUAACGACGACGAAGACGACGACGAAGAGGACGAGAUCUUUUGCAACAACAACGAAGACGACGAAGAUAAAAGAAAAAAAAUUAUGGGUAAUACGGGAUUAAGUCGCAGGAAUUCGUUAUUCAUGAAGCAGGAUUCGCAAGGCGAACGAAGGAUGACGGUAUCAAGUCGUCAAAAUACAUUAUUAGAAGAAGAAGUCACCGUCAAGAAAAGCGUUCCUUUUGCCGAACCAUUAACGGAUCGCCAAAAGCAGCUGUUAGUCGACACAUGGAAAAUUCUCGAAGAGGAUAUAGCAAAAGUUGGCGUAAUUACUUUCAUCAGUUUAUUUGAAACCCAUCCAGAUGUCCAACAAGUUUUCAUGCCAUUUAGCGGAAUAGAACUAGAAGAACUGAAACAAAGUAAACAGCUACGAGCACACGCAUUAAGAGUUAUGGCUUUUGUACAGAAAGCAGUGGCUAGAUUAUAUGAGCCAGAUAAAUUAGACGCUUUGUUACGAGACCUCGGCAAGAAGCAUUACGGCUACGGAGCGAAACAAAAUUACGUUGAUCUCAUUGGACCCCAAUUUAUUCAAGCAAUACAGCCGUCUCUGGAGAACCAGUGGAAUGCGGAAUUAGACGAAGCUUGGACGAAACUAUUUCAAUAUAUUGCCCACGUUAUGAAAGAUUCUAUCGCAACAGAAGAAUUUUAUAAUAAGAAAUAAUACCUACCAUUUCAUUAUUUAAAAAAAAAAAAAAAAAAGUGUUGUUUGUUAUACUUAUAUAGUUUUUAUUUAUUAGAACGAUGAAUGUUAUUAUUUUCAUCAUACCUAAUUCGACAAUGUACGAUAUGAUUCUAUUUUGCCCCAUUCCCUUUUACCUACCCUCCUCUCUGUUUGUCCUAUAAUCCGUGUAUCUACAUAUUAAACCGUGUUGUAGUUUGAUUAAAAAUUUCAUCGUUUUUGGUGUUCGCGUGAUCGAAUCAAGCUGCACGAAAUCACGAAUAUUUAAUUUAUUGAACAUAUUGCGUAUAUCUACCUACCUUUUAAAACAGAAGUGUUGAUUUGUAAAAUUUUGUGCUUUGUGUAAAUUAUUAUUUCCAUUUUAUCGUAUUAUACUUAUUGUUUUUUUUUUUUUUUUUCGUUAAUGAGAUACAAAUUAAACACGAAAUUAUCGUACCUACGUUUUAGAAUAAAUUAAAUGAAUCUCAUGUAUAUUUAAAUAUCUACCUACCUACCUACCUAUCUACUAUUCCCCUACAAUGGUAGAAAAUUUAUCAUAGAAUGUUUGAUGUACUUACUCGUAUACUACAAAAAAAAAAGUUGGAAAAUUGUAUAAACUGAUUUAUAUGCACAUCAAUACUUGAUUUAUUUCCUGUGUGGUUUUCCUUUUGUGGUCAAAAAAAAUAGGGUUACCCUUUCUCUCCAUAACUUUACGCCUUAUUUAUUCAACUUUUUCAUUCGAUUUGUGGUAGUAUUUGUAAUAUGGUAGAAAGUUGAACAUUUCUACGACGCGACGUAUGCUGAACUAAUGCUAAACUAUUUACGAUAUUUUUGCUCGUUUACAGUUGAAAAAUUGAUAUUGUACUGAGCUUAAUAUUUCAAGUAUUUUCCCCGUAAAUUCUUUCAAUUGUAGUUUUAUUUUAAAGUGUAAAAAAUCACACCUAAAUAUUGGGAAUUUUUUUUUUGUGUGUACUGUUGUAGUUCGAUUAUAUUCUGAAGCCGUUCUGCUGGUUGUGUUUUAUUUAUUGUUUCUUGAAAUAAAAAAUGUUCAGUGA